AAAUUCCCCGUGUUUCAAUAGACAGAGACAACUGCUCUGCUGGUUCAUGUUAACUGCCUCCAAAUAUAACUUCAACCUUUCAAGUUAUAUUCUCUACACUUCUUUCUUUCUACUUUAAGGUCAGACUAUUGUAUAUUCCAGCCUAUUAAUCAAUCCUUUAGUUCAUCCUAUCAAUUGCUGGUUCAAUUCGGAGUCCUAAACUACUUAUCCCCUUUUUAAAAAUAUUGCAACUGACAGCGCGGGGGUGAAAUAUACCAAGAUAACAGAUUACGUAUAAUACAACCUUUCAUACCAUGUCUUACGAUAGAUACAACUAUCAACCCAACUUUAAACCAGUCGAUCAUCUUUUCGAUGAUAGAUUACGUCAAUUCACCAAUGGUGGUGGUGAAUUUUCAGAUUUGAAUUUACCUAAAUUCUAUGAUGCUGAAAGAAAAGGUAUUCCAAAUCUUAAAUCUUGGAGAGUCCCUGAUGUUGAUGGUAAAACUGCUAGACCUUUAUUCAGAGAUAUUGAUUUCUCUACUAUUGAUUGGGAAAAUAUUGGUCCUGGUUAUAAUUUCGGUCCAUCUUGGAAAUCAUUCUGGGUUAAACUUGAAGUUGAAAUCCCUGAAUCUUGGUUAACUCAUGAAAUUAUUGAAUUGGAUUGGGAUUCAAGUUCUGAAGCUUUGAUUUAUGAUCAGAAUGGGUUACCUUUACAAGCUUUUACUGGUGGAGAAAGAAACUUAUUUAGAAUCCCUCACAAAUAUAGAACUGCUGAUUCUCAAACUUUUUAUAUUGAAGUUGCUUGUAAUGGUAUGUUUGGUAAUGGAGCUGAUGGUCAUCCUGAUCCUAAUAGAUACUUUAGAUUAAAUCAUGCUGAUUUGGUCUUACCAAAUAUGGAAGCUAGAAGAUUAUAUUGGGAUUUUUGGAUUUUAGGGGAUGCAGCAAGAGAAUUCCCUGGUGGUCAUUGGGAAAAAUAUCAAUCAGCUGAUAUUUGUACUAAAAUCAUGGAUGUUUUUGAUCCUAAUGAUCUUGAAUCAGUUACUAAAGGUAGAAAAUUGGCUCAAAAAUUAUUAGGUGAUAAAGUUGAUUCUGAAGCUGUAUUUGAUGAAUUCAAUAAUGAUAAAUUAAAAAGAAUCGAUGUCUAUGGUAUUGGUAAUUGUCAUAUUGAUACUGCUUGGGAAUGGCCAUUUGCUGAAACUAAAAGAAAAAUCGUUAGAUCUUGGACUACUCAAUUGAAAAUUGCUGAAGAAUAUCCUGAAUAUGUCUUUGUUGCUUCUCAAAUGCAACAAUUUAAAUGGUUAAAAUUGUAUCAUCCUGAAAUUUAUACUAAAGUUAAAGAAAAAUAUACUACUAAUCAAUUCUUACCUAUUGGUGGAUCUUGGGUUGAAAAUGAUACAAAUUUACCUAAUGGUGAAUCCUUAAUUAGACAAUUUUUAUUAGGUCAACGUUUCCAAUUUAAUGAAUUUGGAUUUUAUUCAAAUAUCUUUUGGUUACCUGAUACAUUUGGUUAUUCCUCUCAAAUUCCUCAAAUUUGUCAAAUUGUCGGUAUUUCAAGAUUUUUAACUCAAAAAUUAUCAUGGAAUAAUAUUAAUCAAUUCCCAUUAUCAACUUUCAAUUGGAAAGGGUUAGAUGGUUCUCAAGUUUUGGUUCAUAUGCCUCCUGCUAAUACUUAUACUGCUGGUGCUCAUUUCGGUGAUGUAAUUAGAUCCCAACAACAACAUAAGAAUUUAAGAGAUAUUCCAACUGGAUUAUUAUUAUUCGGUCAUGGUGAUGGUGGUGGUGGUCCAACAGAAGAAAUGCUUGAAAAACUUAGAAGAUGUAGAGGUUUAGCUAAUCAAACUGGUAGUUUGAUUCCAACUGUUCAUGUUGGUAAAACUGUGGAUGAUUUUUAUGAUGAAGUUUUGGAAAAAUCAAACAAUGGAUUGGAUUUACCAACUUGGGUAGGUGAAAUGUAUUUAGAAUAUCAUAGAGGUACUUAUACUACUCAAGCUAGAAUUAAAAGAUAUAUGAGAUUUGGUGAAAUUAGAUUACAUGAUUUAGAAUUGGUAGCAACCUUAGCUUCUGUAUCAUCCGGAAAAUAUAAAUAUCCAUCCAAGAAGAUUCAUGAUUUAUGGGAAGAUUUAUGUCUUUGUCAAUUCCAUGAUGUUGUUCCUGGAAGUUGUAUCGGUAUGGUUUAUUAUGAUGAAGUUUAUCCAAUGUUAGAAGAAUUAUUACAUAAGGCUGAUAAAUUAAUUGAAGAUGCGUUAGAAGUAUUAAGUGGUGGUGAAGCUAAAACUGAAACUCUUGAUAAUUUAACUUUCUUUAAUUCAUUACCUUGGAAGAGAUCGAAUGAAUUACUUGAAAUUUCUCAAGCUGAACAACCUAAAUUAUAUCAAUUAUUGAAUAAUGAAAGUUCAAACAUUACUGUCAAGAGUGCUAGUGAAGAUGAUACUAAAUUAGUAUCAGUUUCAACUUCAAAUGAUGGUGUGGUUAAGUUGAACUCUCUUGAUGAUAUUAAAUAUCCUGCUAGUGUAAAGAAAACUUCAUCAGGUCAAUAUAUUCUUUCUAAUGAUUUGAUUAAAGCUACCAUUUCAUCAACUGGUAUAAUCACCUCAUUAUAUGAUAUUGUCAAUGAACGUGAAAUCAUUGCUCCAGAAUCCACUAAACAAACUGGUGAUGGUGUUGUUGGUGGUAAUCAAUAUAUUGUGUUUGAUGAUGAACCAUUGAAUUAUUCUGCUUGGGAUACUGAAUUAUACUCGUUGAAUAAGUUUAAAUUAUUAAGUGAAGGUGAAGUCUCUAUUCUUUCUGAUAAUAAAUUAAAGAGUUCAAUCUUGGUUAAGAAUAAAAUCUCCGAUCAAUCAUAUAUUGAAACUGAAAUUUCUAUCCAAGGUUUACUUAGUAAUACUGAAGAAGUUGAUUUCAACUUUGUUAAAUUCAAGAGUUUUGUAAGAUGGCAUGAAAAAUAUAAAUUCUUAAAAGUUCAAUUCCCAACUACGAUUUAUUCCGCUAGUCAAGCUAAUUAUGAAACUCAAUUUGGUGUAACUCAAAGACCAACUCAUUGGAAUACUACUUGGGAAAUUGCCAAAUUUGAAGUGGCUCAUCAUAAAUUUAUGGACUUAAGUGAAUUCGGAUAUGGUGUUUCUGUUUUAAAUAAUUCGAAAUACGGUGGUGCCAUUCAUGGUAAUUUGAUUAGAUUAUCAUUAUUAAGAAGUGCUAAAUCUCCUGAUGAUCAAGCUGAUAUGGGAGAUCAUACUUUUGAAUAUGCUUUAUAUCCUCAUAAGGGUUAUUUAGGUGUUGAUACUGUUAAAUUAGGAUGGAAUUUCAAUUAUAGAAUUGAAAAACAUUUAUUCAAUUCUUCAACUUUCACAGCUUUAUCUAAAGCUAUUACAUUAGAAGGUUCAUCUAAUUUGAUUUUAUCUCAUAUUAAGAGAGGUGAGAAUGAUUAUGAUGUCAAUCAAUAUGAUUGUUAUAAGACCACAUCUAAACAAAAAUCCAUUGUUUUGAGAAUUUACGAAUCAUUAGGUGGUGCUUCAGCAGGGGUGUUGAAAUUAGACUCUAAAGUGUUAAACAUUGAUAAAGUUUAUAAAACUAAUGCUUUAGAAGAAGAAGGUGAAGAAGUUAAGUUGAACGAUAAAUCAGAAUUAGCUCUUAAAUUAAAGGCAUUCGAUAUUGUUACUUAUAAGAUUGUCUUAAAAGAGUAAGUUAGUUAGUUAGUUAUGAUUUUGAAUUUUUAUAGUUUGUUUUUAAGUUGUUUUCCAGUAUACAAAUAAGAAAAAAAAAAGUUACUCUAGUUAAAUAUACAUUUUGUUAAACAUAAAAGCUAUUAGACAUAUAGAUCA